GCCGGCGGCUUCUCGCCUUUCCCGGCCACCCGCCCCCUGCCCCGGGCCCGCGUAUGAAUCUCCUGGACCCCUUCAUGAAGAUGACCGACGAGCAGGAGAAGGGCCUGUCCGGCGCCCCCAGCCCCACCAUGUCCGAGGACUCGGCGGGCUCCUGCCCUUCGGGCUCCGGCUCGGACACCGAGAACACGCGGCCCCAGGAGAACACGUUCUCCAAGGGCGAGCCGGACCUGAAGAAGGAGAGCGAGGAGGACAAGUUCCCCGUGUGCAUCCGCGAGGCGGUCAGCCAGGUGCUCAAGGGCUACGACUGGACGCUGGUACCCAUGCCAGUGCGCGUCAACGGCUCGAGCAAGAACAAGCCGCACGUCAAGCGGCCCAUGAACGCCUUCAUGGUGUGGGCGCAGGCGGCGCGCAGGAAGCUCGCCGACCAGUACCCGCACCUGCACAACGCCGAGCUCAGCAAGACGCUGGGCAAGCUCUGGAGACUGCUGAACGAGAGCGAGAAGCGGCCCUUCGUGGAGGAGGCGGAGCGGCUGCGCGUGCAGCACAAGAAGGACCACCCGGAUUACAAGUACCAGCCGCGGCGGAGGAAGUCGGUGAAGAACGGCCAGGCGGAGGCCGAGGAGGCCACCGAGCAGACGCACAUCUCCCCCAACGCCAUCUUCAAGGCGCUGCAGGCCGACUCGCCGCACUCCUCCUCCGGCAUGAGCGAGGUGCACUCCCCGGGCGGCGAGCACUCGGGGCAAUCCCAGGGGCCCCCGACGCCACCCACCACCCCCAAAACCGACGUGCAGCCGGGCAAGGCUGACCUGAAGCGAGAGGGGCGCCCCCUGCCAGAGGGGGGCCGACAGCCCCCCAUCGACUUCCGCGACGUGGACAUCGGCGAGCUGAGCAGCGACGUCAUCUCCAACAUCGAGACCUUCGACGUCAACGAAUUCGACCAGUACCUGCCGCCCAACGGCCACCCGGGGGUGCCGGCCACGCACGGCCAGGUCACCUACACGGGGAGCUACGGCAUCAACAGCACGGCGGCGACCCCGACGGGCCCGGGCCACGUGUGGAUGUCCAAGCAGCAGGCGCCGCCGCCGCCUCCGCAGCAGCCCCCGCAGGCCCCGCAGGCCCCGCAGGCGCCCCCGCAGCCGCAGCCGGCGCCCCGCAGCCGCAGCCGCCGCCCCCGCAGCCGCAGGCGGCGCACGCUGACCACGCUGAGCAGCGAGCCGGGCCAGUCCCAGCGAACGCACAUCAAGACGGAGCAGCUGAGCCCCAGCCACUACAGCGAGCAGCAGCAGCACUCGCCGCAGCAGAUCGCCUACAGCCCCUUCAACCUCCCGCACUACAGCCCCUCCUACCCGCUCACCCGCUCGCAGUACGACUACACCGACCACCAGAACUCGGGCUCCUACUACAGCCACGCGGCGGGCCAGGGCUCCAGCCUCUACUCCACCUUCAGCUACAUGAACCCGGCGCAGCGGCCCAUGUACACGCCCAUCGCCGACACGUCCGGGGUCCCUUCCAUCCCGCAGACCCACAGCCCCCAGCACUGGGAACAGCCCGUCUACACACAGCUCACCAGACCUUGAGGAAACCUUGCACGGAGGGCGAUGACGACCUUGACGAUCAGAAGGAGAACCGAAGAAACAAAUCACCAAGCAGAAUUUCCUUGGGGACGUUUUCCCCACCUCGUUCCGUAAAGACGUUUAAGCUAAAGGCAACUCAGACCCAGAUUGCAAGACACAGACCUUAGCCAUCCAGACGCAUUACCACCUUGUUGCAAAUCGGGGGCCAGGCCGUUCUUGGCCGGAUGGACCGUUGGAAAACCCGUAAGAAACCGGACUCGAAGACCUUCUUCAGAGCAAUCACGGAGGAUAAUGGAGAAUCGUGUGAUCAAUUUAUUUGCUCAGUCUCUCUGCCUGUUUGGACUUUGUAAUUAUUUUUAGCAGUAAUUAAAGAAAAAAGUCCUCUGUGAGGAAUAUUCUCUAUUUUAAAUAUUUUUAGUAUGUACUGUGUAUGAUUCAUUACCAUUUUGAGGGGAUUUAUACAAUUUUUAGAUAAAAGAAAUUAAAUGCUUUUAUUUUCCCAACAGCUAAACUACUUAGUUGAACAGCGUGCCCUGGCUUUUCCUGCAACCAGAGUAUUUUUGUACGGAUUUGCUUUCUCUUACAAAAAAAAAAAAAAAAAAAA